GAAACUGCAAGGCAGCAGCCAUGGCCCCUUCCCAGAUCCUGGUGUGUGCUGCAGUGCUUGCCCUGGCAGUCCUGCAGGCCCUGGCCUUGGACACCUUCAUUGCAGCCGUGUAUGAGCACGCCGUCAUCCUGCCACGCACCAUUCACAAGGUUUCUCCCGAUGAUGCUUUGGCCCUGAUGAACAGAAACAUGGAUGUUCUGGAAGGAGCUAUCAAGGAAGCAGCGCAGCAGGGUGCCCGCAUCAUUGUGACUCCCGAGGAUGGCAUUUAUGGCUGGGUUUUCACGAGGGACACCAUUUACCCCUACCUGGAGGAUAUUCCUGAUCCAGAGGUGAACUGGAUUCCCUGCACUGAUCCCACAAGAUUUGGUCGAGCACCAGUGCAGGAACGACUCAGCUGCAUGGCCAGGAACAACUCCAUCUAUGUAGUUGCAAAUAUCGGGGACAAGAAGCCAUGUAAUUCCAGUGAUCCCAAGUGCCCGAGUGACGGUCGCUACCAGUACAACACUGACGUUGUCUUUGACUCAGAAGGGAAACUGGUGGCUCGUUACCACAAGUAUAAUCUGUUUAUGUCAGAAGCAAAUCAUUUUAAUUACCCAAAAGAGCCAGAAGUCAUCACCUUUGAGACUCCCUUUGGGAAGUUUGGCAUUUUCACUUGCUUUGACAUCCUUUUCCGGGAGCCCGCCGUGGUGCUGGUGAGCGAGCUACAGGUGGACACAGUGCUUUUCCCAACAGCCUGGAUGAAUGUCUUGCCCUUCCUGACUGCUGUGGAGUUUCACUCUGCAUGGGCUAUGGGCAUGGGAGUCAACUUCCUAGCUUCCAAUACUCACAACACCAUCAUGUCUAUGACAGGGAGCGGUAUUUAUGCACCAGAUGGAGCCAGAGCAUAUUACUACAAUAUGAAAACUGAGGAUGGGCAUCUCCUCAUUGCUGAACUGGAUUCACACCCUCGCCUUUCUACUGCCUUCCCUCCUGCUGUCAGCUGGAGCUCAUAUGCUUCAAAUGUAGGAAGCUGCUUACCAGAUGAAAAUGAUUUCAGCGGACUUAUCUUUCAUGAUCGGUUCACUUUCACUGAGCUCUCUAAGCCUGAGGGGAAUGUCACCGUUUGCCAGAAAGACCUCCGCUGCCACUUGAGCUACAAGAUGGCAGAGAAACAAGAAGAUGAAGUUUACGUGCUGGGUGCUUUCGAUGGGCUUCAUGUUGUUGAAGGACAGUACUAUCUGCAGAUAUGCACGCUGCUCAAAUGUAAGAGCACGGACCUGAGCACGUGUGGGGAGCCAGUGGAAACUGCACAGACCAAAUUUGCCAUGUUCUCUCUGAGUGGCACGUUUGGCACUAACUACGUCUUUCCAGAAGUCUUGUACAGCGGUGUGCAGCUGGCCCCUGGGGAAUUUGAGGUAUUGAAGGAUGGGCGUUUGAUAAGUAAGACCGCACCAACAAAGCCAGUUGUCACUGUGACGCUUUUUGGACGGUGGUAUGAAAAGGAUUCUCUGAAACAAGAUGCACAACCGACUGCCUCCCUGUGAUGUUACCAUAACUGAAGGUGUACACUAACAAUCCCAUGUCUAAAUGAGCUGCAUUAUUCUCUACCAAAAUAAUCAUGAUUAUGUUUCUAGUGAUAGGAUCAGGAGGAAUGGCUUCAAGCUACGGCAGGGGAGAUUCAGGCUGGACAUGAGGAAGUAUUACUUUUCAGAAAGGGUGGUCAGGCACUGGAACGGACUGCCCAGGGAGGUAGUGGAGUCACCGACCCUGGGGGUGUUCAAGGAAAGGCUGGAUGUUGUGUUGAGGGACGUGGUUUAGUAGGAGCUAUUGGGAAUAGGUGAACGGCUGGACUGGAUGAUCUUUUAGGUCUUUUCCAACCUUGGUGAUUCUAUGAUUCUUCCUGUUGCACAAACUUUUUAAUGCGUUCCAAUUAAUAAAAAUGCAGUGACUUUAUUGAUACCAUUUACUGAGAACUAUUUCUAUAUUACAAUAUUAGUAGUCUUUUAUUAAUACAAAUUAGCAGUUGUAUUUCCCUCUGUUUUCUGUAUUUUGAAUUUUCUAGCCCUCAGAAAACCUAUAUUUUUGGCCAGAGGAUAAAUUCUUCUUAAAAUAGCUUUGCAAAUUUUAUAAUUGCAAAUUAUUUUGAGACCAAUAGAUAAAGCAGUAAGAAAUAUGAUAAAUGGCAGCUUUAUACAAAAAAAAAGCUCAAUAAUUCUAUUUCUCUGGUGUGCAAUUACUAAUGCUGACUUAUACAGGUCUUUUUUUUUAAUCACAGUUACACGUGAUUUUUUUCUCCUAUUUGUGCUGUUUUGGUUUUGUUGUUUUUUAUGUUGUCAACACACAUUGUUGGCACAUUGCAGCACAGGACAGUGCAUUGUGAAGACAGAGCAGGAAUUUCAGUCAACAUGUUAACUCUGAACCAAAGCCUGAUGCCUCUUUUUGUACACAGCUGCCUUUGAAUGAUCACUUCUCUGAAAUCUCUGUUGAAUAACUUGAGACUGAAAUCUCGGUAUAUUCUGCUUGCUAGCUCUGAACAAGAGUUUGUUAAGGGCUGCUGAUUGUACCAUAUGCAGUGCUGGAGAUGUCUGUAGCCACUAAUGAGGUCACCAAGUGCGCAGUUUCAUGUAACAGCUUCUUCCUCCCCUCUUCUCGAUUUCUUUCCGGUCAUGUAAUGCUGGAGUAUGUGAAACAAGCCUUCUUUGCUGCUUCAUGAAAUUGCUGGGUGGUGCUGCCCUGCAAAUUCAUUUACUGCUGGGACUGGGAGAUCAGCUACUCCAUGAGAAGGGUCUGUUUAUGUCUUUGCUUCUUCUUCCUUAGUGACCUGUGCCUUGCUGCUGCUGCAGGACCCUAGUAACCUUCCUUCAGUGUAUCUCUCUGUCUCUCUUUGUGCAUCUCUCCCUAUGGCUAUGUCUUUUAAAAGGGGUCAGACGCCCCUGCUAGUCCCAAAACCUCUUUCUUUUUUCCUCAAACUAGGCACCAUUCCCAGUUCUUCGGUUAUGGAGAUGGUGAGAAGUCAGAAAUGCAAAUACUAUCCAGACUCCAACACUGAUUAUCAUUGAUGAGUGCUGUGUGAACCCUUACGCUUUUAAAUGCAAAUAAAUAUUCACAUAUGACAU